GAAUGUUGGCGACAGAGUAGCGGGUACGGUUGGUUUGUCGAUUAGUGAAUCGGGGUGGUGCGAAAUGCGAGUGACUGAAGAUUGACAGAGUUCAGAGGAGGACACAAGUCGCGCAUUGCACAGGAAGGAGCAAUGGCGCAAGCUCUACUUCUGCCACUACAGAGGGCCGUGGCGAUGGCGUCCGUCGUCGCGCCAUUCUCGCUCUCGCAUCAGCAGCGAGUUGCAUCUGCCUCGCGCCUUGCCGUGGCAUCAUCCUCUCGUGCCGUGCGCCUUUCGAAAUUUCAGCUCAAUGCGGCGCCAGGUUCUGUGCUGGGUGUGGAACCGGACCUCGUUGAGGAAGCUUAUGACUUCAAUUUGACCGCUGGAGAAGACAGGGAAGACGAUUUUCCAUUUGGGAAAGCAGACGGGCAUCACACUUGGCACAAAGAAGAUAACGACGUUGGUUUCAUCGAAGGUCUUCAACAGCAGAUUGAAGAAUCUGGAGGACCCGCAACAAAUCCUGCACAAAAUGCUAUAUCGUGGCUGUUUCUCCCAGGCGUUUUCGCUGCUCUAGCUUUUGGGGCUGAGAUGGAGUAUAUAUGUGCUGCAUGCGUGCUUUUCAUCUUUGCGUUUAUAGGCAUUGAAAUGGCCAAGCCAGACAAACCAAGUAAUUUCGAACCAGAGAUUUCGCGCCAGGAUCGUGAUGAUGGAGCUGCGCCUCUCGAGUCAACGUUUGUCAACCUGCGAAUAGUCAACGUUUCAUGUCAACCGUCCAAGGAUUACAGAAGAGACAAGGUUUACAAACCAACUCCCUGAAGGUCAGAUCAGGCUGAAGCGGAGAGGGAGACGACAUUGCCCGGUUGAAAUAUUUUACUGAGAGUCCCAGCAUUUUCGUGAACAAACUACUAGAUCAAUAUAUAAGCCGAAAUUCCACCGGAACACAAUCGUCUUGGGACUCAGUAGAACGAUAAACGGUAGGUCGUGGAAUGGAGGAUUCGCAAGAGAUUUUUCAAGAUAUGGAGAAUGCAUAAGAGUACACAGCAAUCGAGCUUUUGGAUCGUCCAUCGCCUAAAGGCUUUGAGUGCUUGGGAACAGGUGAGCCUCGGUCCCCUUCUGCUUUGUACAAUUAAUAAACAGCUCUGAGAUAAAAGAAUUACAAAUGCCUUGAACCGUGUGUAGACCUGAUGUCACUAACGAUAAGGGAAUUUGGUCUCAAACGUGCGAAACGUUUAGACAUCCAGAAUACAUGAUGUGAGUGAUUUAAGGAAUAAGCGGCCCAAGACUGCACAAGUGGUAUGACUUUUGGAACGUGUAGAUAAUUUUCUGGGUGUUGGAAGUUCCUUCGAUCAGAGAGGUUGAGCAUGAACUUCCCGCAGAUUCCAUCGCUUCCGCCUAUCUUGAACUCUUAAUUUUUCCUAUGUUCCAGUUCAAUAUUGUGGUCACCAUGUAUAUCCUGUGUCAGUGGCGCUCCUAAUCCCAGAGAACUUCAACACCAGAUUAGUCUUCUUCGCCUUCCCCCACAUGUUGGAAACCCAAUUUCACCUCCACUUUCAAUCUGGAACCAUCUGUGAAAGAAACAUGAUAGUAUACACUUACAGGGACGCAUAUUAAGGCGUUUGGAGUCAAUAACAAUCCUCGUCAAUAAGACGUGUACAGCAUGACAUCACAAAAAGUAGAUCUGCCUCUCAACGGGCGUUAAUCCCGAGCGUUUCUUUGUUUUCUUGUAUGCCGUCAAGCCCCACAACCUGCAAGGUCCGCAUCCCGUCUUAAUGAGCAACCAUGUUCGCAACGUGAAUAAAAUGAGGACAAUGAGGUAAGCAAGGUAAUUAUACUGAAUCAUUGACUCAUA